UUCCCAAUCUCCUUUUCCACUUUGCAUUUUAAUAAUCCUACUAUACUAUAUCUGAUCUUUUUUUCCAAAUCCCACAACUCUGCAUUCCAUUCCAUUUCCACACUGAAGCAAACUUCCAUUUCUGACACCAUUUCAGAGAUCAAUUCCAAAAAGCUUUUUCUUUUAUACCUCAGAAAAAAACAACAUUUUGGCUAUUACUCCGGCAAAGACGGCUAACCUUAUAUUUUUCAAUGGUGACAAUGUGCUAGUAUUGAGAAGAAAUGCAUUAAAGACAACUGAAGUGGUGAAACAAUGGCAAUGGUACAAGAAUCGGGUUCUACCACAGUACUUUUGGUAUCAAAGCCCUUUUUACUUGCCAAAGUAACAUGUUUGUUUGGGAUAAGAAGCACAUGCAUAGUUAUUCUGACCUGGAUUGAGCUGUUGAGAGCUGGCAUCUGCUUCCAAUUAAAACUACUCUGGACAAUGAUAAUUUGGACAAUUGCAAUUUUGUCUCUGCCGGUUCGUGCUUUGAAUGCUCUACAAAGAGAAAAGAUGCUGGAGGUGCGCAUCCUUGAACUGCAAACUGAGUUGGAGUCCAUGUCUUGGCAUCAGAAGAAGCUAGAGGAGCGAUUACAGAUGGCUAUCAGGGAACGGGGAUUGUUGGAGGAGCUUUUAGUGGAGCUUGAGGAUGAAAAUGACGAUGUGAUUCGUAAAAUGGAGGUGCUAGAGGCCGAGGUCCGGGAUUUGAGAACUGAGAAAGUCCGAUUGGAAGGUGUCCAUUCUGAAGCGUCUGGUUGCAAAAGAUGCAAAGCUGAACGCCAUAUGGGAGGGGCCAACAUUGCCCAGAAUGCAGAAAAGUUCUCAUUGUUGAAGUGCGAUUACAAUGAAAAGGAAGUUGAAGGGAAAAUUGCACUAAGCAAAACUGAACCAGAAUUGAGUGAUAUCAAAGAGGAAACGCGGGAGUCAGGAGGAUUAACUCAACCAUUUUCUCUCGAUGUUAUCGAGCAAUGGAGGGGUGUAGCUCUUUCUCGAAGCUUUUUCAGUGCGAUCUUAUCACUUUCUGUUGGAAUAAUUGCCUGGAAAGCCAAAGACCCUUGCAUGCCUCUUGUGGCAGCCCUUUUUGGUGUUGUCAUCAUCUCUCUCGGUAGUGUUCUUCGCUUCUUCUCCUCAGUUCAAGUCAAGCCAGGAAAUGAAACAGUUGCCCUCUUAAGCCUCAAUUGGUUCAUACUGGGCAUUUUGACAUAUCCUACACUUCCAAGAGUUGCUGAUGAGCUAGCUCCAUUGCUUCAUAAGGCGGCAGAAGAAACUGUGAAGUGGUGGUUUGGUGGUUUUGUUGUCUGAUUUAGCCUUGUGUAGGACGGCAUUAAGAGUGUGUUUGUGAAUAGUAGCAAUCAGAUGAUUGGUUUUUGUUAGUCUUAGAAUGUAGGUCUUUUAGAUUUUAUCCUAGGAGCAACACUGCGUCUUGUAAUGUUAGUGUUUUUGUUUUGGACUAAUAGAUUUGGGUUGAGUUUAAGUUACAAAGUAGUGAAAAUGCGAUAAUAACAGGUCACUAAUCAUGUAAUUAACUGAAAAAAGUACCCUUCAU